CUCUUAAACACAGCCUGGGUGUAGCUUCUUCCAGUACUAGUUAUGUUUUCCUUUUGCGGAUGGAUAUUGGUUAAAGAAAGAUAUGUUGCUGCGGAUGCAGACUCUGUUGCUUGAGCCCUUCUGAAUAUAGUGGUGCAGUCAGUGAGGUUGCGUGCGCUCCAGUCUCAGUGCGAGAGAGAGUAGAGCGUGAGAGAGUCUUGAUUUAUUCUACAGUACACUUGCGACUAACAGGAGCUGUUCAACACAGAACCAGUUGAAAAUGAUUCUCAACCUGCUGUAUUUCCUCGGAUUGCUCAUCUGCAGCAGUCAAGAUAAUUGUGCAAAAAGAUCUAAUCGCCACAUCUUGGAUUGUCUUUUGAAUGGUCAACUGAGAGCUGUUCUUCAAGUGACGAUUUCACUGAGCAAAGUGGAGCUGAGUGUGGGGGAGUCCAAAUUCUUCACCUGCACAGCAAUCGGAGAGCCAGUCAGUAUAGAGUGGUUCAAUCCGCAGGGAGACAGGAUUGUAUCCUCGCAGCGCGUGGUCCUGCAGACCGAGUCCAUUCGCUCCCGACUCACCAUCUACAACGCCAAUGUGGAGGAUGCCGGUAUAUACCGGUGCCAAGCAGCCAACGCCAAGGGGCAGACACAGGAAGCCACGGUGGUUCUGGAAAUCUAUCAGAAGCUGACGUUCCAUGAUGUGAAGACUCCCCAGGAGUUCCGUCAGGGGGAGGAUGCUGAAAUUGUCUGCAAUGUGAUCAGCUCCCCUGUGCCUAUUGUAACCUGGAUCUACAACAACAGAGAAGUCACUGCAAUGACAGAUGAUCGGUUGGGAGUGCUCCCUAAUGGCAACAUGCAGAUCCAGAAGGUGGGUAAAAGCGACGAGGGGGUUUACCGCUGCGAGGCCCGGGUGGAGGCUCGGGGGGAGAUCGACUUCAGGGACAUCGCUGUCAUCGUCAACGUCCCUCCAGUUCUCACUGUGCCUCAGAAGUCCUUUAAUGCAACCGCAGAUCGACAGGAGUCGGUGUCUUUUAUCUGCACAGCCUCUGGGUCCCCUGAGCCAGCCAUCACCUGGUACAGGAAUGGCAGGCUGAUUGAGGAGUCGGACCAGUACUUCCUGAAGGGGAGGAGCGCAGAGCUGACUGUGCGCAAUAUCAAGCAGUCCGACGGAGGCCCCUAUUCCUGCAGGGCCACAAACAAAGCCGGUACUGAGGAGAAGGAGCUGCUUCUCAAAGUUUUCGUUCAGCCCCACAUCACCCAGCUGAAGAACGUGAGCGCAGUGGAGGGCAGCCAGACCCAGAUCUCCUGCACAGCGGAGGGGGAACCGGUCCCAGAGAUAUCCUGGAGGAGGCCGAGCAAUGGGCAAACCUUUGCAGAUGGAGACAAGAGCCUGGAUGGCCGGAUGGAGGUGCGGGGACGGAUCGGCACGUCAGCGUUGACCAUCUCGGGGGUUGGGCUGUCCGACUCAGGCUGGUUCAACUGCGAGGCAGCGAGCAGGAUCGGAGGGCACCAGAAGGGCAUGUACCUGGAGAUUGAAUAUGCACCAAAGUUUCAGUCCAAUCAAACAAUAUAUUAUUCCUGGGAGGGGAACCCUAUCAAUGUCAGCUGUGAUGUCAUCGCCAACCCCCUGGCCUUCAUUGAGUGGAGACGGAACAAGCAGGUCCUGAGGACUGAGAGCUCGGGCAAUAUCAGAAUAUACAGCACAGAGGGUCGAGCCCUCCUAGAGGUCACUCCAAUGUCCGAUAAGGAUUUUGGCCAGUAUGACUGCACAGCUGGAAACACCAUAGGGAGGAGAUCUCAGGAGUAUAUUCUGGCACAGGCUGACGUGCCCUCAAACCCCUAUGCUGUGAGGCUGAGCUCAGUGUCCCAGGCAAUGGCGACAAUCUCCUUCACAAAGCCAGAUUCGCAUGGUGGGGUCCCCAUCAGCUACUACCAGGUGGACUUCAAGGAGAGCGUCUCCGAAGACUGGAGAGUAGUGCGAUCCCACGGGAUUCUGACAAUGGUUCUGCUGACUAACCUGGAGCCCAACACCACCUACGAUGUCAGAGUGGCAGCUGUGAACGGGAAAGGCCGGGGAGAGUACAGCAGAAUAGAGAGUUUCCAGACGCUACCAGUCCGGGAGCCCAGUCCCCCGAAAGUGCACGGCCAGAGUGGAAGAGGGAAAGCCUUCCAGCUCAGCAUCACCAAGCAGGACGAUGGUGGAGCACCAAUCCUGGAGUACAUCGUCAAGUACAGGAGUAAAGAUAAAGAUGACCAGUGGAUAAAGAAGACAGUCAUUGGUGCCAAAGACCAAAUCAUCCUGCAGCAGUUACAGUGGAACACUGAAUAUGAAGUCGAGAUUACUGCAUUAAACAAACUGGGUCCUUCAGAACCAGCAGUCUACCAGUUCACCAUGCCACAGAAGUCAGAUAUUACAGACACCCUGUUCAGCGGUCUGGGUCUGGGGGCGGUGGUGGGGCUGGGCGUGGCAGCCCUGCUCCUUGUCCUGGGGCUUGUGGAUGUCAGCUGUUUCUUCCUGAAGCAGUGCGGCCUGUUGAUGUGCAUCACCCGGAGGUUCUGCGGGAAGAAAACAGCCACCAGCAGCAAGAGCAAAGACCUGGAGGAAGGCAAAGCAGCGUAUCUGAAGGAUGGGUCGAAGGAUCCAAUUGUUGAGAUGCGAGCGGAAGAGGAGAGAAUAACUAACCCUGAUGAUGGGAGCCCUGUAAACGAACCGAAUGAGACCACACCACUUACAGAGCCAGAGAAGCUACCACUGAAAGAAGAGAACGGCAAAGAAGCCCUGAAGCCAGACGCCAUUGAGGUCAAAGUUCAUGGUGACAACAGCAUCCAGACAAACGAAGGGGACAGCAAAGCAUAAUGGGAAACCCGGAAAUUACAAUAACAUUCGUAGCAAGCAACCCUGUGAACAAAACAAAUAAAAGGAACAAAUGAAAAUAAAAUGUUAAAUAUGUGAGAUGAACUGUAAGAUUGGGUAACUGAGUCAAUGUGUAAAUAUAGAUGGAGAAAGCCCACUGAGUCUAGUUUUGUGAUAAUCAGUAAUAUCCUGUGCAGAUGUCACUGGUCCGCAGUGACGGUUGUACAGCAAUGGUUUUUAGGUCCUGCCUGUCUGCUUUGAUUCUUAAUUUCUCUUUUACAUUAAUAAGAUGCAUCCAGUCCAAGCUGAUCAAGGAGUACCAAGAUGAAGUUCUCCAUCAUUCUGAGUGGCAAGCUUUGUGAUGAACCAGUUCCUUUUUGUUGGCGGUGGUGGGACUGGGUUUCUUACAGUGGUUAGAUUGGGCAAUGUUUCCAUGCCUCACAUGAGGGGGUUCCCACACCAGACAUGUCUCACUCCAUGGUUCAUGAUGUUGGAAUGAUGUAUGGUUGUUGCACAUUUUAAUUGUCAUCUUUGCCCUUCUGGUACUUAUUUAUUUUAUUGUGACAUUUAUUUGAUCAGGCAGCAGUUUUAUAGUAUGUGUUCAACUGCUGAUUAGUAUUUGACCGAUUGUCACACAUACCUUGAUGUUAUGGGUGUAGCGGUUUCUGCAAUCGACGUUUCCAUCUAGUGUUCCUCCACUUGUAUUACACAGCACACCGUAGCAAAAACAGGAUGUGAAACAGCCAUGAGAGUCAACACCAGUUCAAUUAGAGAGAUCAAAAGUUGGAGGCCUGGCAGCCUGGAGAUUAUGCAUUUCAAAUGCUGUGCUACUAUUCACAACACAGGGGUUACGCCAGUGUCUCAUCUCAGUCAGUGUUGCCAUGCUGUUGUAAAUGUCUUGACAACGUGUACGAGAUAGAGGUGAUACAAAUGUAACAGAAAUGUGUAUGGCAUGUUCUACUGCCAAAUAGUUUUUCAAGCUUCUAAUCUGAGGAUGGACUAAUAUCAUAACAUGUAUUAUUUCCAAGAACUGAAAGCUUCCAACCCUACCUCUAGGUGAAAAGAGAAUUAUUAUUAUUAUUAUUAUUAUUAUUAUUAUUAUUAUUAUUAUUAUUAUUUCAAGAAAAUGGUUAAACAGCUCCUUUUGCCUCCCAAAAUCAAUUUCACUGAAUUGUAAUAAACCUGACAUUGUAGGUUAUGCUAGGGUAGUGUAUACGAUGUUAAUAUAAUACCACUGGAACAAUUAACAUUCAUCUUCUAAUGUGUAAUGUCAUUUGAGUCAAAAUGUGUAAUUAAACUUGCCCAUGCAUCUAUUAUUUUUUUUUCUCAAAGUAAUUUUCAAAUAAUGAAUCAAUUCUGUUACACAUGGGAAAGUAAGUGCUUUCAUGUAUUUAUUUAUUUAUUUAUUUAUUUAUUCGUCAAAACCAUUGAUUCAUGUUACAGUUAAUUAAUGUGAUGUAUUUAGGGGUAGAAUUUAAACUAACAUGGAGAAUUGCUGUAUACUGUAACAAAUACUGGUAAUGAUGUCCACUAGAACACAAAUUCUAUCAGUGAAGUGUUUUUCUGUAUGUUCAGAUUAAAACUAACACAGUUUACUUUCCUGGAAGCUGAGCUGUGGUUACUGUGCACAGUCUGUAUCAGCACUUCCUCUGCAGAAGCAACAACCUUCUGCCAUAAAUAAUAAUAAUAAUAAUAAUAAUAAUAAUUAUUAUUAUUAUUAUUAUUAUUAUUAUUAUUUACUUUUUAGCAGACACCCUUAUCCAGGGCGACUUACAAUUGUUACAAGAUAUCACAUUAUUUCACAUUACAUUGUACAGAUAUCACAUUAUUUUUUUCAUACAAUUACCCAUUUAUACAGUUGGGUUUUUACUGGAACAAUCUAGGUAAAGUACCUUGCUCAAGGGUACAGCAGCAGUGUUCCCCACCUGAGAUUGAACCCACAACCCUCCGGUCAAGAGUCCAGAGCCCUAACCACUACUCCACACUGCUGCCCUUAACCCCGCUGCUCCCUGAACCACGGAAAAAUAAAACUAUUCGAUAUCAAACAUAGCAUAGACUAACUGCUGGCUUGAAAGAUUGAUGAUGACAAUAAUAAUAAUAAUAAUAAUAAUAAUAAUAAUAAUAAUAAUAAUAAUAAUAAUAAUAAUAAUGGAGCAAUAGUGAUCAUAACCCUUUAUUGUAGGCUCACUCCCACGUGGAUCUUGAAUAAGGCAUGGAUUUUCAGCUGGAACAGGUCACACUUAAUUCUACACGUAAUUAAGCGAGAGGGAGAAAAGAGAGCUGUGAGAAUAUUAGCUUGUAAAGGUCCAGAGUGCACCGGGGGACACAUGGUAGAAACAAGAAAAAGAUGUUGUCAUGGUUAACAGCUUGUGUUUAGUAAAACAGAGACAGAGGCUGCUUUAUCAUUUAGAUUGGCUGUGCUACCCUGUAUGUCUUUAGAUUGCUUAUCAUUUUACAUGUAAAAUACUGAUCCAGUCUGUAAUUAAGUGAAACCCAACUUGGCUUGCAUACUGUUUACAAAAUAAACAUCCAGAUUGGAUUAAAAAGUACCUGAUUGUGUCUCUGGUCAAGACAUCCCUUACCUGAACUAUAUAAUACAGUACGUUUCUGAUGAGCCCGACGUCACAAAUAAUAUACUUCUGGUGGCACAGCAGUUUGUUUUGUAUCGUACCACAUUGAACAUAACCGUCAAUCGAUUUUUAUAGGGUAGUUUAUUUACACCCUUUUUGUUUUGGAAAAUACGAUGAUUGACAAUAAUUGGAACUGAAAACAUCCCGCUGUUCUUCUACCCUCAGUGUUAUCUGAAUAAAAAAACAACGUCUCUCCAUUCCAGUAAAGCCCUCUCUGUAUAUCCCUGCUUCUCUGACUUAUUUGAAAAUGAUUUCAUGUAAAUUUUGUCAAUAAACGUAUAAAAUGCAGAACCAUUUUCUCUGUUCUUAUUUGAAUCCUGUACAUAACACAUACAGUAGUAGCUGGUUUAUACAGCUUAUUGAAAUACAUGAGGACAUGAGCCAAGCAGUCGCUUGAUAGGGUUAAUUGUAUUGCAGCACACAAGCCAUGCAGGCCAGAGAAAGGCAUCCAGUUUUAUUAAGAGGACCGUUCUGAUGUAUUAAAGGACACUACAGUACCUGUGAAAUAUUGAGAGGACUCUGACAUGUUAAAAGGACAUACUGAUUAAUGAAACAAUCCCCUGUAGGUUCGGUGUUGUAUUUUUAUUUUUUAAUGACAUUAGUUAAAUGUAAUAAAUUGAAAGAUGGCAAAAUAAUUUCCUGGCUGCAAUGCAAUUAGAAUUUUGCAUCCGCAAUUAUUUGCACUGCCUCUAUACUUAAAUCAACCCCUAAGUGUCUCUAAUUACUGUGUAUUUACAUAUUAGUUACUUAGAAAAUACGUGUGUACUUACACAUAAAUACAAUAUUAUUAUGCAUAGUUAUUAUGUAUAAAUCUUAUGUAAGUUCACAAUUGUAUCAGAAAAGGUUUAGAGUUAGGGUCAGGGUUAUUUCAUGCAAAACAAUUACACAUUAAUUACUUUGUAACUAUAUAUAAUAACAUUGUAAUGUUGUACAAGUAAACAUGUAUUUACUAAGUAACUACUAUGUGAAUACACAGUAACACAGACACUUAAUGUAAAGUGUUACUGACUGACUUAUUUUCAUCACAGUCAAACAGAGGGAACAAUCAGGGAAUCUAGUAAGUGACACCAUUGCAUUGGCAUCAGCCCUGAAGCCAACAGGUACAGUCCCAUUAUACUAAAGCUGAACUAAACAGUGAUGGAUUGUGUCCCUCUUGAAAGCACGUCACUGUCAUUAACACGCUAUGU